AAUACAUGUGCAGUUAAAGUCUGUGUCCCACACAUGAUGUUCUCAUCACUAAUUCAGCUUUCUGUGUAAAAUCAGAAACUUUAUUCAGAAGAUCAGCUUUCCAUCUAUAGAUCUUCUGAUCUUCUGUUUUAUCUCCAUGUCAGACUCCAGUCUCCAUAACAAUGCUGCUGAAGUUCUAAUUGCAGGUGUGUGUCGUCAACACAGAGGGUCGGAUUUAUAUUUAACCAGAUCCUUGGAGAACAUUAUCUGCUCCUUUUCUUCACCCCACUGUUAUGCCCACAUCCUGGUAACUUCUGCCAUGGAGUUGAGUGAGGAACGAGGGAGAGAGGACCAGGAAGUUCUGAAGAGUAAAAGUCCUGCACCCUUCAUGUCCAAUCUGCAGAAGGAGAGUGUGAGAUUGAACACCAGCAGCAGCGCUCGCUUCGGCACCCUGAGCCAUCACUCGUUCUUCUCCAGACACAACCCUCACCCUAACAGGGUCAAACACAUAUCAGGUUUGAAUGGAAGUCCUGUGUGUAUAGUGAAUGAUGAUUGGUACAGCAGCACUCCACUCUUCCCACAUCCACUGAUCAGAGUCAGGUUUCCUCCAGCUCCAUCCACACCUCCACCUGCCAUGGAGUUGACAGCAGCGCUCGCUUCGCACCCUGAGCCAUCACUCGUUCUUCUCCAGACACAACCUCACCCUAACAGGGUCAAACACAUAUCAGGUUUGAAUGGAAGUCCUGUGUGUAUAGUGAAUGAUGAUUGGUACAGCAGCACUCCACUCUUCCCACAUCCACUGAUCAGGAGUCAGGUUUCCUCCAGCUCCAUCCACACCUCCACCUGUCUGACUCCGCCCCUUACCUACAGCCGAGCAGACGGAGCCCAGCAGGGUGCAGCUCUGAUUUCUGAAGCAUGGAAAGAGGAGCUGAAGGACCUGGCAACCAAAGUCAGUCUCUCAGCUGCAGCUCCAAGUAAAAGAGUUGAACAUGAGAUGGUCCGAGAGGAGGAGCCUGUGCGCAGAAAAACCCAGUACUCAUCUGAAACAGGUCGCAUCAUUCCUCCAACUUCCUGGAGAACAAAACGCCGUGACCACCUCACUCCAAACACACGUCCAGGAACUAACAGACCUCAGGCACAAAUAUAUGCAGGAACCAUGAGCCUGGAGGGGCAGGAACUCAGGGUAUUAGAGUUGCUGUGCCAGAUCCUGCAGACGGAUUCUCUGUCUCUGGUACAGCAGUGGCUUCUUCUGGCUGGAGAUCGAGAGAAAGAGCUGGUUCUCGGGAUGCUUCAGAAGGCCAUGGGUGAUUCUUCAGCUCUCCAUCAGCAGUCUGCGUUACCCAUCAGGGCUCAGAGUGAACCUCCGCUACAGACACGCCGCAAACGGCGCUUCAGGAGUGUGUGUUCAGCUGGAAAGAUGGAGAAAGAAGAAGCAAAUAAAGAGAAACCAGAGCGGAUUGGAGAAGCUGAAGUCUUGCAAGUUUGCCAGGAUGAGAGUGAAAACAUUGAGGAUUCUGCAAGUUAACCUGAACAUGGAGUCCUAAACACACACACACACACACACACACACACACACACACACACACACACAGACAGAGUGUGAUAGAAGGAAGAUGUUGAUAGUGUUAAUCAUAUGCACAUCAUAUGAUUAUUAUUAGUGUAUCAUAUACAUAUAUAUAUAUAUAUAUAUAUAUAUAUAUAUAUAUA